AUGUCAUUAAAAUUAUCUUUAUCACGUACUCUUGUUAGAAAAAGUGUUUUUAGACCAAGACAACAACAACAAUACAUUACCAAAAUGGUUAAUAGAAAUUUCUCGAACACAAAUUCAAUUUCCAAUACAUCGUCAUAUCCUGUAGAUAAUUCCGUCGGUCCUAUGCUUCGUUAUGAAAAAUCACUUCCUAGACUUCCUGUACCUAAAUUAUCUGACACUCUUGAUAAAUAUCUUAAAUCUGUUAGACCUCUUGUUAACGAUGAAGAGUUUGCUAAAACUCAAGCUGCUAUCGAAGAUUUUAAAAAACCUGGUGGUAUAGGAGAAGAAUUGCAAAAACGUUUGUUGACAAAGGCUAAUGAUCCUAAUGUUAUCAAUUGGUUGGAAGAUUGGUGGAAUGAAAUUGCUUAUUUCGGUUAUCGUGAUCCAGUAGUUGUAUAUGUGAGCUAUUUUUUUUCAUAUAAAGAUGAUAAACUCAGAAAAAACCCAGCCACUCGAGCUUCUUGGAUUGCAAAGUCUGCUUUGGAGUUCAAAAGACUUGUUGUAACACAACAAUUAGAACCAGAUUAUGCAAAAACUACUCCUCUUUCUAUGGAUUCAUUUAAAUGGAUGUUUAAUGCUUGUCGAUAUCCUGCCAAACCAUCCGACUAUGAAUUAACAUUUGAUCCGACAACUAAUAACCAUAUGGUUGUCAUUCGAAAGAAUAAAUUUUUCAUUGUAGAUUUAGUUCAUAACGCCGGUGUUACAAAGGACCCUGCAAUUGGUUCAUUAACUACAGAAAAUCGAGAUGUUUGGACAGAUUUUCGUAAUUUGUUAUUAAAAGCUAACCCAAAACAUGAAGAAAUGUUAAAAAAGAUCGAGAGCUCAGCAUUUGUACUUUGUUUGGAUGAUACAAAGCCAGUUACAUUAGAAGAAAUUUCUCAUUCUUGUUGGGUUGGUGAUGGCCGUAAUAGAUUUUUCGAUAAAUCUUUACAAUUCAUUAUUUUUGAUAAUGGAAGAGCUGGUUUUAAUGGAGAGCAUUCUUCUAUGGAUGGGAUGCCAACAAGUAGAUUGAAUGAUUUCGUUUGUGAUGUUAUAGCUAAAAACAAACUAGAUGCAGGUCCAUCAACGAUUAGAUCAGAUCUUCCAAUACCUGAACAACUUCAUUUCACAUUUAACAAUCAGAUUCUUGAUGCUAUUCAAAAAGCAGAAAAGGAUUUUGAUGAACUUGUUGCCAAACAUGAUUUACGUGUUUGGUCGUAUGAUGGUUACGGUAAAAAUACAAUUAAAAGUUUUGGUUUUUCACCUGAUGCUUACAUGCAGAUGAUUCUUCAAUUGGCAUAUUACAAAAUGUAUGGAAUUAAUAGGGCAACAUAUGAAAGUGCUCAAACUAGGAAAUAUGCUCAUGGAAGAACUGAAGUAUGUAGAUCUGUUUCAAUUGAUUCUGUUAAUUGGGUCAAAGCUAUGGAAGAUCCAACACUCCCGGUAAGUAAAAAAGCAAUCGGAUCACAUGUAAAAUAUAUGUCUGACGCUGUAAAUGGAUAUGGUUGUGACCGACAUUUAUUGGAUGGUGAAUCAAAACCUUCAAUAUUCAGCGAUCCUGCAUAUAGCAGAUCUUCUCAUUGGAACCUUUCAACUAGUCAAUUGUCCAGUAACCAUUUUAUUGGUUAUGGAUGGGGAGAGGUUGUUCCGGAUGGUUAUGGAUUUGCGUGA